AAGUUUUGACAAAGCGUUUCCUUAUGUGAAAAUCUGUUUGUCACUUGAAUGUGUAAAAAGUAAACAUUGACAAAUACUGAUAUAGAAAUCGACAAACGUGGGAAAAGGCAAUAGCAAGUCAGAAUGUCUGGACGCGAUGGCGGUAAGAAGAAGCCUCUGAAGGCGCCCAAGAAGGACUCAAAGAAUCUAGACGAGGAGGACAUGGCCUUCAAGCAAAAGCAGAAGGAGCAGCAGAAGGCUCUGGAGGCGGCCAAGGCAGGUGCCGCCAAGAAGGGACCUCUUCUCGGCGGCGGGAUCAAGAAGUCCGGCAAAAAGUGAUCCAUAGCCACACUUUCAUAUGAAUUCCUUAGCAUAUUCAAAACACACCAAUGCAGAAAUUAAAGUCUUCACGUUAUUGUACAGCAAAUAUUGCUGAAAAAACCUAAAA